GGGCCCCGCCGCCGGUCCCCGCAGCGCUGCCCGCCCCGCAGCGCCCCGCCGCCGCCGCCGGCAUCGCGGGGGAGGCGAUCGGCCCCCAACCGGCACCCGCUGUUCCCGCAGUACAACUACCAGGCGGAGGUGGCCGAGAACCAGCCGGCGGGGACGGCGGUGGUGGCGGUGGCGGCGCAGGACCCCGACGGGGGCGAGGCGGGGCGGCUGGUGUACUCCAUGGACGCCCUGAUGAACAGCCGGUCGCGGGAGCUCUUCAGCAUCGACCCGCGGGCCGGGCUCAUCACCACCACCCAGGCCCUCGACCGGGAGAGCAUGGAGCUGCACUACUUCCGAGUGACGGCCGCCGACCACGGGGCGCCCCGGCUGUCCGCCACCACCAUGGUGGCCAUCGCCGUGGCUGACCGCAACGACCACGACCCGGUCUUCGAGCAGGGCGAGUACCGGGAGACCAUCCGGGAGAACGUGGAGGAAGGCUACCCCAUCCUGCAGCUGCGGGCCACCGACGUCGACUCGCCGCCCAACGCCAACAUCCGCUACCGCUUUGUCAACGAGCGGGCCACCCACGCCGUCUUCGAGAUCGAUCCCCGCUCCGGCCUCAUCACCACCAGCGGGCCGGUGGACAGGGAGAAGAUGGAGAGGUACUCCCUGGUGGUGGAGGCCAACGACCAGGGGAGGGAGCCGGGGCCUCGCUCCGCCACCGUCAAGGUCUACAUCACGGUGCUGGACGAGAAUGACAACACCCCACAGUUCAGCGAGAAGCGCUACAUCGUCCAGGUGAGGGAGGACAUACGGCCCCACACGGAAAUCCUGCGCGUCACCGCCACGGACUUGGACAAGGACAACAACGCACUCGUUCACUACAAUAUCAUCAGCGGGAACAGCCGGGGCCAGUUCUCCAUCGACAGCGUCACUGGGGAGAUACAGGUGGUGGCCCCACUGGAUUUCGAGGUGGAGCGGGAGUACGCCCUGAGGAUCCGGGCGCAGGACGCAGGGCGCCCUCCCCUCUCCAACAACACCGGCAUGGCCAGCAUCCAAGUGGUGGACAUCAACGACCAUGCCCCCAUCUUUGUCAGCACCCCCUUCCAAAUCUCCGUCCUGGAGAACGCUCCCCUCGGCCACUCCGUCAUCCACAUCCAGGCCGUGGACGCGGACUACGGCGAGAAUGCGCGCCUGGAGUACAAACUGACGGGGGUCUCGGCCGACACGCCCUUCGUGGUGAACAGUGCCACAGGGUGGAUCACAGUCAGUGGGCCCUUGGACCGGGAGUUGGUAGAGCACUAUUUCUUUGGGGUAGAGGCUCGGGAUCACGGCUCCCCGUCUUUGUCUGCGUCUGCCAGUGUCACCAUCACGGUCAUGGAUGUCAACGACAACCGCCCCGAGUUCACCCAGAAAGAGUACUUUAUCCGCCUGAACGAGGAUGCGGCUGUGGGGACCAGCGUCCUCAGUGUCACAGCAAUUGAUCGGGACGUGAACAGCGCCAUCACCUACCAGAUCACGGGAGGCAACACGCGGAACCGCUUCUCCAUCAGCACGCAGGGUGGGGUGGGGAUCAUCACUCUGUCCCUGCCGCUGGACUACAAGCAGGAGAGGCGCUACGUGCUCACCGUGACGGCCUCCGACCGCACCCUGCGUGACAACUGCCAUGUUCACAUCAACAUCACCGAUGCCAACACGCACCGGCCCGUCUUCCAGAGCGCCCACUACUCUGUGAGCAUCAACGAGGACCGUCCUGUUGGCAGCACUGUGGUGGUGAUCAGUGCCACGGACGAUGACGUGGGGGAAAACGCCCGCAUCACAUACUACCUAGAAGACAAUGUCCCUCAGUUUCGCAUCGAUCCAGACUCCGGGGCCAUCACUCUCCAGGCAGAACUGGACUACGAGGACCAGGUCACCUACACGUUGGCUAUUACUGCCAAGGACAAUGGGAUCCCUCAGAAAGCAGAUACCACCUAUGUUGAAAUCAUGGUGAAUGACGUUAAUGACAAUGCGCCCCAGUUCGUCAGCACUCAUUACCAGGGCAUGAUCUCUGAGGACGCACCUCCCUUCACCAGUGUGCUCCAGAUCUCUGCCACUGACCGGGAUGCCCACACCAACGGGCGAGUGCAGUACACCUUCCAGAACGGGGAUGACGGGGAUGGAGACUUCACCAUAGAGCCCACUUCAGGCAUCAUUCGCACCGUCCGCAGGCUGGACCGCGAGAACGUCCCUGUCUAUGAGUUGACUGCGUACGCUGUGGACAGGGGCAUCCCUCCUCAGCGAACUCCUGUCCAUAUCCAGGUUACCAUUCAGGACGUGAAUGACAAUGCCCCUGUCUUUCCAGCCGAAGAGUUUGAGGUCUUGGUAAAGGAGAACAGCAUCGUAGGCUCUGUCGUGGCCCAGAUCACAGCCAUCGACCCAGAUGAGGGACCCAAUGCCCAAAUCAUGUACCAAGUUGUGGAAGGCAACAUCCCCGAGAUAUUCCAGAUGGACAUCUUUUCUGGGGAGCUCACAGCCUUGAUAGAUCUGGAUUAUGAGACAAAACCAGAGUAUGUGAUUGUAGUACAAGCCACCUCUGCCCCUUUGGUCAGCAGAGCCACGGUCCACAUCAAACUCAUUGACCAGAACGACAACAGCCCUGUUCUCAAGAACUUCCAGAUCCUGUUCAAUAACUAUGUGUCCAAUAAGUCCAACACCUUCCCCUCAGGGGUCAUAGGGAAGGUCCCAGCAUAUGACCCCGACGUGUCCGACCGCCUCUUCUACACCUUUGAACGGGGAAAUGAACUGCACUUGUUGAUUGUAAAUCAGUCGAGCGGGGAGCUGAGGCUGAGCCGCAAGCUGGACAACAACCGUCCACUCGUGGCCUCCAUGCUGGUGACCGUCACAGAUGGCAUCCACAGCGUGACGGCCCAGUGCGUCCUGCGGGUGAUCAUCAUCACGGAGGACAUGCUGGCCAACAGCAUCACGGUGCGGCUGGAGAACAUGUGGCAGGAGCGCUUCCUCUCCCCGCUGCUGGCCACCUUCCUGGAAGGGGUGGCCACCGUGCUCGCGACGCCCAAGGAGGACGUCUUCAUCUUCAACAUCCAGAACGACACGGACGUGGGCGGCACGGUGCUCAACGUCAGCUUCUCGGCGCUGGCGCCGCGGGGCGGGCACUACUUCAGCUCGGAGGAGCUGCAGGAGCAGCUCUACAUGAAGCGCAUGGCGCUGACGGGCGCCUCCAUGCUGGAGGUGCUGCCCUUCGACGACAACGUCUGCCUGCGGGAGCCCUGCCAGAACUACAUGAAGUGCAUCUCCGUCCUCAAGUUCGACAGCUCGGCCCCCUUCAUCGCCUCCCCGUCCACCCUCUUCCGCCCCAUCCACCCCAUCACCGGCCUGCGGUGCCGCUGCCCGCAGGGCUUCACCGGUGACUACUGCGAGACGGAGAUCAACCUCUGCUACUCCAACCCCUGCCUCAACGGCGGCACCUGCACCCGCAGGGAAGGGGGCUACACCUGCCUUUGCCGCCAGCACUUCAGCGGCGAGAACUGCGAGGUGGACAGCCGUUCGGGGCGCUGCCAGCCCGGCGUGUGCCGCAACGGGGGCACCUGCACCAACGGCGCCGACGGCGGCUUCCGCUGCCAGUGCCCGGCGGGCGGCUUCGAGGCGCCCUUCUGCGAGGUGUCCGCACGCUCCUUCCCGCCCCGCUCCUUCGUCAUGUUCCGGGGCCUGCGCCAGCGCUUCCACCUCACCCUCGCCCUCUCGUUCAGCACGGUGGAGCCCAGCGGCCUCCUGCUCUACAACGGGCGCCUGAACGAGCGGCACGACUUCCUGGCGGUGGAGAUCAUCCAGGGGCAGGUGCAGCUGAAAUACUCCACAGGGGAGUCCAGCACGGUGGUGAGCCCCUACCUGCCUGGGGGCGUGAGCGAUGGGCAGUGGCACACGCUGCAGCUCCGCUACUACAACAAGCCCAAGGUCAGCGCCCUGGGGGUGGUGCAGGGCCCCUCCAAGGACAAGGUGGCCAUACUGACAGUGGACGAAUGCGACGCCUCGGUGGCCCUGCAGUUCGGCAGCGAGAUCGGGAACUACUCCUGUGCCGCCGAGGGAGUGCAGACCAGCUCCAAAAAGUCCCUGGACCUCACAGGUCCCUUGCUCCUCGGAGGGGUCCCCAACCUGCCGGAGAACUUCCCCGUCACUCACCGGGACUUUGUGGGGUGCAUGAGAGACCUGUACAUAGACAGCAAACGCAUCGACCUGGCCUCCUACAUCGCCAACAACGGGACCACUACAGGCUGCCACGCCAAGCACACCUUCUGCGACUCCAACCCCUGCAAGAACGGCGGCACCUGCUCGGUCAGCUGGGGGACCUACUCCUGCCUCUGUCCUGUGGGCUUCGGGGGCAAAGACUGCCGCCACACCAUGCACCAUGCCCACUAUUUCCAGGGCAACAGUGUCCUGACCUGGGACUUCAAGACGGACGUGAAGAUCUCAGUGCCGUGGUACCUGGGGCUGGCGUUUCGGACGCGCCAGCCCGACGGGGUGCUCCUGCAGGCACACGCCGGCCAGUACACCACCCUGCUCUGCCAGCUGGCGGGGGGCCUGCUCUCCUUCGUGGUGAGCAGGGGCUCGGGGCGCAGCACCAGCCUGGUGCUGGACCAGCUGCAGCUCAGCGACGGGCGAUGGCACGACCUCCAGCUGGAGCUGCGGGAUGUCCGCAGCGGGCGAGACUCGCGCUACGUCAUCACCCUCACCCUGGACUUUGGGCUCUACCAGGAUACGGUGGUUGUCGGGAAUGAGCUGCAUGGCCUGAAGGUGAAACAUCUGCACGUGGGGGGAGUCCUGGGCUCUGGCGAGGUGCAGAACGGGCUGAGGGGCUGCAUACAGGGUGUGCGACUGGGUGACAGCGUCACCGGGACCGUGCUGCCCAAGCCCAGCCAUGCCCUGAGGGUGGAGGCUGGCUGCAGCGUGCCGAGCCCCUGCGACUCCAGCCCCUGCCCAGCCAACAGCGUCUGCAAGGACGAGUGGCAGAGCUACUCGUGCGUGUGCCUGCCAGGGUACUAUGGAGGGGACUGCGUGGAUGCCUGUCACCUCAACCCCUGCAAGAACAAGUCCGUCUGUCGCCGCAAGCCGGGCUCGCCCCUGGGCUACGUGUGCGAGUGUGCAGGGAACUUUUUUGGGCAGUACUGCGAGCACAGGAUGGACCAGCAGUGUCCGAAGGGCUGGUGGGGGAACCCCAGCUGCGGGCCGUGUAACUGCGAUGUGAACAAGGGCUUCGAUCCUGACUGCAACAAAACCAACGGGCAGUGUCACUGCAAGGACUUCCACUACCGCCCGAAAGGCAGCGACACCUGCCUGCCUUGCGACUGCUACCCCGUGGGCUCCUCCUCGCGCUCCUGCGACAAGGAGACCGGCCGCUGCCACUGCAGGCCCGGGGUCAUCGGCCGCCAGUGCAACAGCUGUGACAGCCCCUUCGCCGAGGUGACACCCAGCGGCUGCGAGGUGCUCUACGACGGAUGCCCCAAAAGCCUGAAAGCAGGCGUGUGGUGGCCCCAGACCAAGUUUGGCUUGUCGGCUGUGGUGCUGUGCCCCAAAGGCUCCUUGGGCGCAGCCGUCAGACACUGUGACGAGGAGAAGGGCUGGCUGGAGCCAGAUCUCUUCAACUGCACUUCGCCUGCCUUCAAGGAGCUCUCCGUCCUGCUGGAGGGCUUGGAGAGGAACGAGACUGAGCUCAACACAAUUGAAGCCAAGAAGCUGGCCCACCGGCUGCGGGCGGUGACGGACCAAAUGGAGCACUACUUCGGCAACGACGUGCACAUCACCUACCGCCUGCUGUCUCGCCUGAUGGCCUUUGAGAGCCGGCAGCGCGGCUUUGGGCUGACAGCCACGCAGGAUGCCCACUUCAACGAGAACCUGCUGCGCGCGGGCAGCUCCGUGCUGGCGCCCGAGAACCGGGAGCACUGGGCCAUGCUGCCGCACAGCGAGCACGGCAGCGCCAGCCUGAUGGAGCAGCUGCGGGACUACUCGGGCACGCUGGCCAGCAACAUGAAGCUCACCUACCUCAACCCUGUCGGCGUCGUCACCCCCAACAUCAUGCUCAGCAUCGACCGCAUGGAGAACCACUCGCACAUCCGCCGGCGCUACCCGCGCUACCACAGCAGCCUCUUCCGCGGCCAGCCCGCCUGGGACCCCCACACCCACGUCGUGCUGCCGCUGUCGGUGCUGAGCCCCCCGAAAGCUGAAGCUGCCCCCACCGCAGUGCCUACGCUUGGUGGGGGCGAAGGGAACUACACCGUGGAGAGCUCCUCCCCGAGGCAGGCGCUGCCGGAGCCCGAGCCCUCCCUCACUGUCAUCAUCCUCAUCAUGUACCGCACCCUGGGGGGGCUGCUCCCCCCGCGCUACCAGGUGGAUCGCCGCAGCGUCAGGCUCCCCAAGAAUCCCGUGAUGAACUCCCCCAUCGUGAGCGUGUCUGUGUUCAGCAAUCACACCUUCCUGCGGGGGCCCCUGGACACCCCUCUUGUACUGGAGUUUCGCCUGCUGGAGACGGCCAACAGGAGCAAGCCUCUCUGCGUCCAGUGGAACCACUCCAGCCCGACCAACCCGUCGGGCUUCUGGACAGCCAGAGACUGUGAGCUCGUGUACCGAAACACCACGCAUGUCCAUUGCCAGUGCUCCCAGUUUGGCACCUUUGGGGUUCUGAUGGACAGCUCGCACCGAGAGCAACUGGAAGGUGACCUGGAGACGCUGGCAAUUGUCACCUACUCCUUGGUGUCCCUCUCCCUGGUGGCCCUGCUGCUCACCUUCUCCUUCCUGACCUGCCUCAAAGGCCUCAAGUCCAACACGCGUGGCAUCCACUCCAACAUAUCAGUCACCCUCUUUUUCUCUGAGCUGCUCUUCCUCCUGGGCAUCAACCGCACCGAGAACCAGUUUCUCUGCACUGUGAUUGCCAUCCUCCUCCACUGCUUCUUUCUCUCUACCUUCGCCUGGCUCUUCGUUCAGGGCCUCCACAUCUACCGCAUGCAGACCGAAGCCCGCAACGUCAACUUCGGGGCCAUGCGUUUCUACUACGCCAUCGGCUGGGGGGUGCCCGCCAUCAUCACCGGGCUGGCUGUUGGCCUGGAUCCUGAGGGCUACGGGAACCCUGACUUCUGCUGGAUUUCCAUUCAUGAUAAGCUGGUCUGGAGCUUUGCAGGCCCCAUUACUGUCGUCGUUGUGAUGAAUGGGGUGAUGUUCCUGCUUGUGGCCAAGAUGUCCUGUUCCCCAGGCCAAAAGGAGACCAAGAAGAAAUCGGUUCUCAUGACGUUACGGAGCUCCUUUGUUCUGCUUCUAGUUAUUAGCACUACCUGGCUCUUUGGCCUCUUGGCUGUCAACAACAGUGUCCUGGCUUUCCACUACCUCUACACUGUCCUCUGCAGCCUCCAGGGCCUGGCUGUGCUGGUCCUCUUCUGCGUGCUGAACGAGGAGGUGCAGGAGGCCUGGAAGCUGGCCUGUCUCGGCAAGAAGGGGCAGAGCGAGGAGGCUGCUCGGAGCACGCAGGGCCCCAACGCCUACAACAACACGGCGCUGUUUGAGGAGAGCGGCCUCAUCCGCAUCACCCUGGGGGCCUCCACCAUCUCGUCGGUGAGCAGCGUGCGCUCUGCCCGCACCCACUCCAGCCAGCGGGGGUACCUCAGAGACAACAUGACGGCACGUCAGGGCUCGGCCCUGGAUCACAGCCUGCUGGGUCACGCCGGCCCCACGGACAUCGACGUGGCCAUGUUCCACCGUGAUGCUGGGGGAGACCAGGACUCGGAUUCGGACAGCGACCUGUCUCUGGACGAGGAGCGCAGCCUCUCCAUCCCGUCCUCGGAGAGCGAGGAGAACGUGCGCCUGCGGGGCCGCUUCCAGCGCCAGUUCAAGCGAGCGGCGCACAGCGAGCGCCUCCUCACCAACCCCACCAACACCACCCCCAAAGACGUGGAUGGCAACGACCUGAUGUCGUACUGGCCGGCGCUGGGCGAGUGCGAGGUUCACCCCUGCUCCCUGCAGAAGUGGGGCUCCGAGAGGAAGCUGGGGUUCGACGUCAACAAAGAUGCGGCCAACAAUAACCAGCCGGACCUGGCCCUGACCAGCGGGGAUGAGAACUCCCUCACCCAGACCCAGCGGCAAAGAAAAGGGAUUUUGAAGAACCGCCUCCAGUACCCUCCAGCUAUCCAAGGCUUGCCGUCCGUGGGCAGGAUGACCAACGAACUGUCCUGGUACAAGACCUCCACGCUGGGUCACAGGGCUGUGCCCGCUGCCUCCUACGGCAGGAUCUACUCCGGGGCGGGCAGUCUGUCGCAGCCGGCCAGCCGGUACUCGUCGCGGGAGCAGCUCGACAUGUUGAUGAGGAGACAGAUGUCCCGGGAGCAGCUGAGCAGGAACAACUCGGGGGAGUGCUUGGAGACUGUGCCCAGCCGACACGGGUCCAGGGAGGAGCUGGACACUAUCCCCAGCAGGCAUGGGUCUACCGAACAUCUAGAAAAUAUCCCGAGCAGACAUGGGUCGAGAGAAAACUUGGAUCUGUUUGCUCCUCGGCCCAGUCAGAGAGAUCACGGGAACACGCUGCCCCGGAGGCAGGGCUCCAGAGACCACCUUGAAACUUUACCCUGCAGAUUUGGGUCAAGAGAGCAGCUAGACUGUGGGCUGGUAAGAGAGGUCUCGAGAGAGUGGCUAAACACAUUGCCAAGUAGGCAAGUGUCCAGAGACCGAAUAGAUACAUUGCCAAGUCGAGAUACUUCUCGAGAACAAUUGGAUUUGCUUUCUAGAAGACAGCCUUCAAGGGACCAGCUAGCAUCGGCUAGACAAACUUCAAGAGAGCAGCUGGACUUUCUCUCCAGAAGAUCUAAUUCCAGAGAGCCUCUGGGUACGGUGCCCAGCAGGCAGCCCUCACAGGAGAAUCUGGGGAGUCUCUCUAGGAGACAGCUGUCUAGGGAAAGCCUAGAGCCGCUGUCUAGGAGGCAGCCUUCCAGAGAGAACCUGGAUGCCAUCCCCAGCCGCCAUCCUUCCACUGAACAGUUAGAUAUUCUUUCUUCCAUUCUUGCUUCUUUUAACACCUCCGUCCUGUCCUCGGUGCAAUCUUCCAGCACGCCUUCGGGCCCCCAGACCACCGCCACCCCCUCUGCUGUGCAGACCUCCUCGCCGCCCUCCGCAAUGUGCCCCUCGACGCCUUGCUCCACCACCUCCCACAGCAUUUCGGAGCUGUCACCAGAUUCAGAAUGCUCAGCCUCCACCGCCAAGUCCCUGCUCUACCGCUUCUUGCCUGUCCUGCGCUGGCUGCCCCGGUACCCGGUGAAGGACUGGCUGCUGGGGGACAUCACCUCGGGCUUCAGUGUGGGCAUCAUGCACCUGCCCCAGGGGCUCGCCUACGCGCUGCUGGCCGGGCUGCCACCUGUCACUGGCCUCUAUUCCUCCUUCUACCCCGUCUUCCUCUACUUCUUCUUCGGGACAUCCAGGCACAACUCUGUGGGCCCCUUUGCUGUCAUCUCCGUCAUGAUCGGCAGCGUGACAGAAUCCCUGCUGCCCAGCGAGAAAUUCUUUGUGUCUGUCAACGGCAGCAACACCACGAUAGUUGAUGAGGUGAAGCGGGACGCAGCCAGGGUGGAACUGGUGGCCACGAUCACCAUUCUGUCAGGCGUCUUCCAGGUGGCCCUGGGGCUCCUGCAGUUUGGCUUCGUGGUUACCUACCUCUCGGACCCGCUGGUGCGCGGCUACACCACCGCCGCCUCUGUGCACGUCCUCAUCUCCCAGCUCAAGAAUGUUUUUGGGGUCUCCGUGGGCGAGUACUCGGGGCCGCUCUCUCUGUUCAAGGAGUCUGCUUUUGCUUCUGAGCCUGUUCUCUCCUGCAUCUUCCAGACCUUCAUCGAGAUCUGCCGGAAGCUGCCGCAGACCAACGUGGGCACCCUGGUGACAGCCAUCAUCGCCAUGGUGGCCAUCUUCAUCGUGAAGGAGCUCAACCACAAGUUCGCCUCCAAGCUCCCCAUGCCCAUCCCCAUCGAGCUCAUCACGAUCAUCAUCUCCACCGGCAUCUCCUACGGCGUCAACCUGAAAGCCAAGUUCGGCAUCUCCGUGGUGGGCGACAUCCCCAGCGGGUUGAAGCCUCCUGUGGUCCCUAAGACCACCUACUUUGGGCAGGUAGUGGGCAACGCCUUUGCCAUCGCCAUAGUGGGUUACGCCAUCUGCAUCUCCCUGGGUAAGAUUUUUGCCCUGAAGCAUGGCUACAAAGUGGACAGCAACCAGGAGCUGAUCGCUCUGGGCCUCUGCAACUUCCUGGGGGGCUUCUUCCAGUGCUUCGCCAUCAGCUGCUCCAUGUCGCGGAGCCUGGUGCAGGAGAGCACGGGGGGCAACAGCCAGGUGGCUGGUGUCAUCUCAUCCCUGGUCAUCCUGGUGACCAUCCUGAAGAUCGGAGAGCUCUUCCGGGACCUCCCCAAGGCUAUCUUGGCUGCCAUCAUCAUCGUCAACCUCAAGGGCAUGUUCAAGCAGUUCACAGACUUCCACACGCUCUGGAAGUCCAACCGUGUGGACCUGAUGAUCUGGAUCGUGACGUUUGUGGCCACCCUCUUGUUGAACCUGGACAUUGGCCUGGGGGCCUCGGUGGCCUUCGCGCUGCUCACCGUCAUCUUCCGGACCCAGCUCCCUCACUACUCCCUUCUGGGACGCGUUCCCGACACCGAAGUCUACAAGGAUGUGGCUGAAUACCAGAAGGCACAGGAGGUCCCUGGCGUGAAGAUCUUCCGCUCCUCCUCCACACUCUAUUUUGCCAAUGUGGAGAUGUAUGCUGAGGCGUUGAAGAAGAAGGUAGGAGAAGCAGCCUGCUCCCUGGGCACAACCCCAAUAUCCCUGCAGCCCUGCCAGGGGGAUGUAGUCCUGGGCGUCAGGGACAGUUUGGCAGCAGUGCGGGUACUGGGGCCAUGGUGCUGUAUGGUUUCGCAGAGCGGCAUCAACGUGGAUCGCCUGAUCGAGAAGAAGAAGAAGGUGCUCAGGAAACUGAAGAAACAGCAGAAGAAAGCAGAGAAGGAGAAGGCAAAGAGGAAAAAGGCCACAGAGGCUGAGUGCAACGGGCCAGGUGUUGCGGUGAUCGAGCUGAGCGGGGAGGAGAGCAGCGCGCCUGCUGAGCCCACCCUGCACUCCCUGGGGCUGCCCCAGCCCGACUUCCAUGCUGUCAUCCUGGACUUCAGCUCCCUCAAUUUCGUGGACACCGUCUCCAUCAAGAUCGUGAAGAAUAUCUUCAGGGAUUUCCGUGAAAUAGAAGUGGACGUUUUUGUUGCCAGCUGCCCGGCAUCUGUCCUUGCCCAGCUGGAGCGGGGCAACUUCUUCAGCUCGACCAUCACCAAGCAAUGCUUCUUCCCCUCGGUGCACGAUGCUGUGCUCCACAUCUCUGGGGAGCAGCACACAGCCCCGGUGAGGACCUGUCCUGGCUCUCCCCACCGCCGCCAUGGAGAAGGGCAGCCCAGCCGACCCCUUCCUUCCUCUCCGUCCCCACAGGCGCACCUCAGCACCAAAAUGUAGCCCUGUGAGCGGAGAUGUCUCCCGGAGGAGCACGGCCACGCUGCUGGGGAGGCUUCGCCGCUCACCUGCACCAGGACCUGGAGCCCCCAUCCCACUGCCAGCCCCUCCGGGUGCUGGGACACAGGGGCC